GAAUAACUCUCACUCUUUUUCCGGGCUGUAGCGGCUGGUGUGGCGUGUGGAGAGAGGCUCCUGUAUGUCUUUUGACUUCUGUGGUUUCUGUUCAUCACUGUGAAGACAAUACAGGCUGCGCACAGGAAGGAUCCGACAGUAUGGCGUUAAACCUGACUAUUAACAGCAACAACCCGCCUCUAGGAGCGCUUUUGACUGCAGAGCAUGUGAAGGACACUGUGCAGGUGUCUGUGGAGGAAGGGAAAGACAACAGCCUUCACAUCUCAGAUUCAGUCCAGUUCAGCGACACCAACUCCAUCAGCCGCUACCUGGCCCGGGUGGCCCCCGCCCUCGGCCUCUACGGAGCCAACCUGAUGGAGCAGACUGAGGUUGACCAUUGGCUGGAGUUCAGCGCUCGCCGGGUGUGCGAUCAGCCUGACCUGACGCUGGCGCUGGGCGACCUGGACAAGGUCCUGUCUUUGCGGACCUUCCUGGUCGGACACGCCCUCACCCUGGCUGAUCUGUCUGUGUGGGCUGCCCUGAAAAAUCACAGCAGUUGGCCAAGUCAGAGCAAAGCUUUCCCUCACGUCAGCCGCUGGUUCUUCUUCCUGAACUCGCAGGUUCCCUUCUCUUCUGUGGGCAGCAUGUACGCCAGCAAGAAACCUGUGAAGAACAACUCCAAUUCAGGUGAGAAGAAGCCAGAUGUUGGGAAGUUUGUGGAUUUGCCUGGAGCUGAGAUGGGGAAGGUGGUAGUUCGAUUCCCUCCUGAGGCCAGCGGGUACCUGCACAUCGGCCACGCCAAAGCGGCCUUGCUGAACCAGCACUACCAGGUGACAUUUAAAGGCAAGCUCAUCAUGCGCUUCGAUGACACCAACCCAGAGAAGGAGAAGGAGGACUUUGAGAAGGUUAUCCUGGAAGACGUCGCCAUGCUCCAGAUCCAUCCAGACCAGUUCACCUACACCAGCGACCAUUUUCCCGUCAUCAUGCGGAUGGCAGAGAAGCUUCUCGCCGAGGGCAAAGCCUACAUCGACGACACCCCUCCUGAGCAGAUGAAGCAGGAGAGGGAGCAGCGCACCGAGUCCCGAUGCAGAAACAACACUGUGGAGCAGAACAUGAAGAUGUGGGCCGAGAUGAAGGCCGGGACCGAGUACGGUCAGAGCUGCUGCAUGAGAGCCAAGAUCGACAUGAGCUCCAACAACGGCUGCUUGAGAGACCCCACCCUGUACCGAUGCAAGAAUGCCCCCCACCCGCGCACCGGAACGACCUACAAAGUCUACCCAACGUAUGACUUUGCCUGCCCAAUUGUGGACAGUCUGGAGGGGGUCACUCAUGCUCUCAGGACCACCGAGUACCACGACCGUGAUGAGCAGUUCUACUGGUUUAUCGAAGCUCUGGGCAUCAGGAAGCCCCACAUCUGGGAGUACGCCAGGCUCAACCUCAACAACACAGUGCUGUCCAAACGGAAACUCACCUGGUUUGUCGACCAGGGAUAUGUGGACGGGUGGGACGAUCCUCGCUUCCCUACUGUCAGAGGAGUGUUGAGGAGAGGAAUGACUGUGGAUGGUCUGAAGCAGUUCAUAGCAGCCCAGGGCGGAUCGAGGUCAGUGGUGAACAUGGAGUGGGACAAGAUCUGGUCCUUCAAUAAGAAGCUGCCCGUUAGCUGUCUGAAGGUUAUUGACCCUGUAGCUCCCAGGUUCACAGCUCUGUCCAGCUCCUAUGUGGUUCCGGUUUCAGUCCCAGAGGCAACGGAGGAGAUGAAGGAGGUGGCCAAGCAUCCCAAGAACGAAGAGGUCGGCUUGAAGGAAGUUUGGUACGGACCUCGCGUUCUGAUUGAAGGAGCCGACGCCGAGACUUUGACAGAAGGAGAGACAGUCACUUUCAUCAACUGGGGCAACCUCAUCAUCACGAAGAUCAACAAAGCGCCGGACAGUAAAGUGGCGUCCAUUGAGGCUCGCCUGGACCUGGACAACAAGGACUACAAGAAGACAACUAAGAUCACCUGGCUGGCUGAAACGAGCAGCGCCCCUCUGCUGCCCGUCAUCUGCGUCAACUACCAGCCUCUCAUCACUAAAGCCGUCAUCACCAAAGACGACGACUUCAAAGAGUACAUCAACAAAAACAGCAAGCUGGAGGAGAAGAUGCUGGGAGAUCCGUGUCUGAAGAGCCUGAAGAAAGGAGACAUCAUCCAGCUCCAGAGGCGGGGCUUCUACAUCUGCGAUCAGCCGUACGAGCCAAUCAGUCCCAACAGCUGCAAGGAGAGUCCCUGUGUUCUCUUCUACAUCCCUGAUGGACACACCAAGGAGAUGCCGACGGCCGGGUCAAAGGACAAAAGCAAGAGCCAGGCCUCCAGCAACACACCUGCUAAGGUUUCCAAAGCUCCUUCCAGCUCCGUCUCUGCUCCUUCUCCGACCUCCGCCUCAGCCUCAGCAACUGACCUUUUCUCAAGCGUCGUAGCUCAAGGUGAAGCUGUCCGCAACCUAAAGGCUGCCAAAGCCUCCAAGGAGGAAGUCGAUAAGGCCGUCCAGCAGCUCCUCUCUCUGAAGGCUCAGUUUAAACAGCAGACAGGUGUAGACUACAAGCCAGGCAUGGCUCCGCCCACCUCCGCUCCAGCCACACCCGCUGCAUCUGCCCCAGCGGCGCCGGCAUCAGAGGCCACCGCCUGUCCGUACACCCGUGUUUCCCAACAGGGGGAGCUGGUGAGGAAACUGAAAGCAGAGAAAGCACCGAAGGACCAGAUUGAUGCUGCAGUGAAGCAGCUCCUGGCUCUCAAGGCGGAGUUCAAAGCGAUCACUGGUCAGGAUUACAAACCAGGGAUAGGCGCACCCACUUCCUCUGCCACCACCACUGUGACUUCCUCCUCCUCUUCUUCUUCCUCCUCUUCAUCCUCCUCUUCUUCUACUGGCCUGUAUGAGCGUGUCGCACUUCAGGGGGAAGUUGUGAGGAAACUGAAGUCUGAAAAAGCCUCCAAGGACAAGAUUGAUGCAGCGGUGAAGCAGCUGCUCGCCCUGAAAGAAGAGUACAAACAGGCCACAGGGCAGGACUACAAGCCAGGAGCAGGUCCCGCCCCCAGCCCCGCCCAGAAGACCGCUGCCCUGACCCAGAACAGCACCAGCCCCUCUCCCGCCGCCGCCACCGGCGUCUAUGGGAAGGUAGCUGAACAAGGAGAGCUGGUCAGGAAGCUGAAGACUGAAAAAGCCCCCAAAGUAAGAUUCACCCUCCUUUAAUCGACAGUAAUGCUU